AUGUACAAGAACGAGAACUUAGCCGUGGAUCUAAUAAAAGCUGGACCAUGGUCUGCGAAAAUUAGACUGGAAGACCUCGAGCUGGGUGAUGAGGUACCCCAGGCAAGCCAAGCGGAAAAGGAACAAAAUAAAAGGCUGACGGGGAAUAUCAAGGAACUAAUCAGGGAGAUGGAGGCAGCCAUUGGUGAGACAAAGCCCACAAAAGAAAUUAAGGCAAAGCUAGGAAGGCUUGCCAAAGCAAAUGAGGAACUGAAUGCGCAGAACAAAGAUCUAAGGGGCAAGCUGAAGGUUGCCGAUGAGAGGAUUAAAGAGCUGAAAAUUGAAAAGAGGGCAAAAAAUAACCUCAUCAGGGCGUUGUACAUCCAGCUUGAAAAGGAGAAAGGAGAGGUCCCCCCACCACAAAGACAACUUGAAAUAGUUCCUUUCAAGCGGAAAGUGGUCCCCCAAGAUGAAGUUAAGGAUGAAAAUCCAAACUUUGGACCAAGCGUCGGAGAGGAAACGUGUUAUGCAGCCAGUGUGGGAAAGUUGACGGACACGAUGACGUCAGCGUUUCCUAUUGCACAAGAAGUACCUAAACAACAAUAUGAAAGCCGUUUUCAACCGGGGCAACAAGAACAUGGGAAUGAAGAGGAAGAUGAACAGCUCGAUAACAUCAUAAGGAUUAUUGCUGAGAAAGAAGUGAUGGCAUUAGUUGGAAAGGAAAAACAGAAGGAAGGGACCCAUGCCGAACAGGAACAACAUAAGAAAACUCUGGAGAUACAUUCUAUAGUGAAGAACGUGAAGACAUACCGGAGGGCUGCCAAGAAGGCUAGAGAGGAGGAGUGGGAGUACGACACUCCGGAAGAAGCAAAAAUGACGAAGCGAGCUGCACCUAAGAAAGCAGGAAUCAUGUCGCAUGCCCAGAGAAAAAUGCAACACAAGAUUAAGGUUAAGGGAGUCAAAUGCGAUAAACAAACAUGGAGGACACUGGACCCAGUAGUGGCAAGGCACUAUCGAGACUUCUUCAACAUUGCUGUGAAAGACACGACCGAGUACUGGAUCAACAAUGAUCUUCUACGCCGGAUCACCAAGCACGACCUAAGAGUAAUCAUCCAAGAAGGGGACAUCGAAACUAACGUGAUCAGCGUUUAUAUUGACUUGUUGAAAUCUGAUGCAGAAAAGCAAAAUGCGCAAGUGGGAUUCCUCACAGUAGACGCAGGGUACUAUGCUAUAAAGUAUGAACAGACCAAAGAACAAGAUGAGGACACUAGAACUUUUGAGUGUGGUGUCGAGACAAUGAUUUAUGAACCCCUGUGGACAGUCUUCCGUUUCAAAAAUGUGCUAGUACCAAUGCACCACACCACAAGCAUGCACUACACCUUGCUGGUAAUUGACAAUGAAAAAAUGAGCUUCAGUCAUAUGAAUUCAUUAAGGCCACCAAUAGAUGAAUUCACCAAUGAGGAGAAGUACCACCUGAAUGCAGCAAGAGUGCAUGCUUUUGUUGAACUAAAAUUCUAUAUCUGCAAAAAACAAGUAAAGCACAUAAAGAAAUUCAUACAUGCUGUGAACUUGACUAAGAUGAGAAUGCCGGGAGAAAGCCAAGAUCCAGAUGUCACUCGAGAAAAAUGCAAAGGCGAAGAUGAUAAGGAAAACCUGAUUAUUGUUGAAGAAGCAAUGAUCGAGGAGGAAAAACAAACCAGGAACUGGAUCUUACAAAAUAACGUUGUGGAGACAGACUAUGAACUCUAUGAAGACUUUGACUGCCCGCAACAGAACCCAUCAUCGUAA